AUGAGUUGUAAUAGCAGUCGAUCAACCGUGGAGAACCCCAAGGGGUUUGGGGAUACUAGUGUUAAUGUACUAGCUAUAGAUUCUGAAGAACAGAAAUCUAAGGAGACUUCUACGAACCCAUCGGUUCACCAACAGGAGGGAGAAAUUGAUUUGUCUACUUCAGAUGCCCUAGAAUCAGUUAAUGAGGAGAAACAACAACGAACUUUGUCACAAAAAGCAAUUCACAAUGCAAUACAAUACAAAAUAAAAGCACUGAACUAAAUAAAGCAGAAAAAUCAUUAUAUAUGUCAUCAGAUAGAGUUGGAAUGACGGUUUGGGAACACUGCCAUUCUGACUGACGCGCUCCUCCAGAGACUGAGAGAUUCUGCCAAAUUCACCGCUCGAGACAAGACAAAGUUACAAGCAUUCGCUGACGUCUGUGACGAUGUCGACAACCAAAUGACCACCUUAUCGGGACUAGCCUGCCUCAACUACCCGAACGCUAUAAAGCCCAUUGUCGACAACCUGCCUAGUUUCCUUAGGUUCAAAUGGGAGAAAGAAGUGGUCAAGUACGCGGAAGAGAACAACGACCUCUAUCCCACAUUCCACCAGUUCUCGGUAAUGAUUCAGAAGCAAGCUAGGUUGAAAAUCAUCCGAACGUGGUAGCUAGUGAACACCUAAACCCCAACGAUCCACAACCCAGAGAUCCAAAGAGAGAAAGACGAAAAGACAAUCGUGUGUUUUGAACAAGAGCGGAGGACAUCAACGACGAUAAAGAGUUUGGUGUUGACAAUAAGAAUGAAAGGUUCUGUUCAUUUCACGAAAGAAAGGGACACGAACUUGGUGAGUGUAAAGACUUUAGUAAAAAGACUUUGGAAGAAAGAACUGAUUGGAUUAAGAAAGCCGGUCUCUGUUUCCGAUGCCUGGUCGGGAAACAUCGAGCGAAGCAAUGUAAGGAAACGUGAAAUGUGGAAAGUGUAAGAGCGAACGACAUCCAACAAUAUUACACAAAGAUAAGGUCGAGAAGCAAGAAAACGAGGAGAGAGAUUAGGAGGACUAUCUUGCAGUAAGAUCCUGCUCGUAGACGCGUAUGCAGAAGACAGACCGGAAAACGCCCACAGGGUGUAUGCUCUAAUGGAUGAUCAAAGUAAUGCAUCAAUGAUAAGCCCAGAACUAGCAGACUUGUUAGAUAUCGAUAGCCCAAAGCAAAAAUACCUUCUUACGACAUGUAGUGGUGCUAAAGAAACAAAGUACAGUUGGAGAGAAUCCGGGCUAUUCGUGAAGUCGAUGUGUGGCAGAAUCGCUAAGUUACCUAACCUCGUUGAGUGUGAACACGUACCACAGGACAAGACCUAGAUUCCCACUCCAACCACGAGAAAGCACUACCCCCACCUCGAGGAAGUAAAGAAAUCCCACCAUUAGACCAGGAAGCCAAGGUCGGUAUCCUCAUUGGCCGAGAUGUCCCAGAAUUGUUGAAAGUCAGGGCUUUCAGAAAUGGUCCCAAAGGUGCACCUUGGGCACAAAAGCUUGCGCCUAGGAUGGACGGUGUCUGGUCAAAUGUGUCUGGACAGAGUUGGAGGACCAGUACACAUCUCAACCUGUAGUACAGUCAUACAGCUGCCACCACCUACACCCGUCAUCGAACCCAGGAUACAGCACGAAGGUGCCCACGCCAACCUCAAAACCCACCCAUGAUUUCGAACAGUAACGUGUCCAAAUUACUUUGAAGUUAAAGACGAGAUCAAGGAACAGUCAGAGAAAACGAAGAGCGACGUUUACCGAACUACUCCGGAAGACAAUGAAAUCGGCUUGUCUUGGGAAGACCGCCAGUUCCUUCAUAUUAUGGAGAAAGAGAUUCACAAAAAUGAAUCUGGCAAUUGGGAGAUGCCGCUACCCUUCCGCUCUCUGAACGUGAUGAUGCCAAACAACCAGGAGCAAGCUAUGAGUCGCCUGCAGAGUUUGCUGCGUACCUUCGAAAGAAAGCCCCAGAUGGAGAAAGAUUAUUUGGAGUUUCUCGGAAAGGUAAUCAAAUGCGGACACGCCGUUCCAGUCCAACGAAGCGACGUCUCUACAGAACAAGAAGGCAAACCCACAAACCCGGAUGAGAAAACAAGCGUCGAGCCUGGCAAAGUGUGGUACCUCCCACAUUUCGGAAUCUAUCAUCCCAAAAAGCCGGACCAGAUUCGAGUAGUUUUCUACUCAUCUUGCGAGUACAAAGGUGCAUCUCUCAACAAAGAGCUACUGGUUGGUCCAAACCUAAUGAACAGUCUACUGGGAGUCCUCAUGUGCUUUAGACAAGAAAGCGUUGGAGUGAUGUGUGAUGUGGAACAAAUGUUCCACUCGUUCUACGUCAAUCCAGCCCACAGAGACUUUCUCAGAUUCUUAUGGUUCGAAGACAAUGACCCAUCCCAGGAGAUUAUCGAAUACAAGAUGACCGUCUACCUUUUCAGCAACAGCCCUAGCCCAGCCGUGGCUACAUUCGGGAUGAGAAAAGCUGCAAACGACGGCGAGGAGGAACACGGAGUGGACGUGAAGAAGUUCAUCUGCAAGGACUUUUACAUCGACAACGGCUUAACGUCUCAGCCAGUCAAAAAAAUGCAAUCAGUUUGGUAAAGGGAGCGCAAGCUGCACUGGCCACCGCCAACCUUCGCCUACACAAAGUGGCUUCAAACUCGAUUGAAGUGAUGGAGGCAUUUCCAGCUGAAGAUUGAGCAACGAUUGUGCGCGAUCUGGACCUGCGACAAGACGCCCUUCCUGCUCAAAGAACACUCGGCGUGCAAUGGGACUUGGAGAGCGAUGUCCUGACAUUCAGUGUCAACCUGCCAGAUAAACCAUUUACGAGAAGAGGAGUCCUGUCCAUAGUAAAUUCGAUCUACGACCCUCUUGGACUGGCUGCACCUGUUGUCUUGGUAGGAAAACUUCUACUACAACACUUAGUCAUCCUGGGAAAGAAGAAACAGAAAGAUAAAUCCCUUGGAUGGGACGAACCCCUUCCUGAUGACUCAAAUCUACGCUGGCAAUCUUGGAGAAGUUAAGAGACAAUGUCCACUAAAACCGAGCAAAAUCGAGAAUACGUGGCACAUGAGGAAAAAUAAAAAAUCUUCUUAUUUCUUCCAGUGAUACCCUAAUGUGUACUCAGAAACGUGGUGGGGUUUGUUUUCUGAAAUAUUAUUUUAAACGCCGAAAAUUAUCAAAACCUCACACAUACCCGAGAUUCGCGAAAUUAGCAAAAAAAAUUGUGAGCUACGGCCUCUCGAAAAUUUCGUUUUUCUCAAUUGGCGUGUGAUGAAACCUCACCUUUCGUUUUUAAACGUGUUUAUAAGAUGUUUAUAAAGACCGUGGGUCCAAUUUGCAAUUUUUGAAAUGAUUUUUCAAUGUCAAGACAAGCAUGUAAAAAUCGUCUUUUUUUGCGAUCCAAAAAAUUCUAAAUUGUUACACUUUUUGAAAAUUAAUUUUCCGUAUCCGGGAAAACUCCAAUUUCCUUGAAAUUUACGGAAUUUAAAGACAAACUGUUGCUCUAAAACCUGAUGUAAAAAUUAUUUUGGGGCUUUUUGUUACCGCGGAAUUAUACUGACUAUAAUAUCGAGAAAAUCACAAAAAAAACCUUAAAAAUCCUCAGACAAUUAGGCACUUUGCUUCAACUAUAGACAGUCGAACCUUAAUCAUUCUUGCUAGUUUUCUCUUGUUAUUGAUAGGAAAUAUAAGACGUAGAUAAUUUUAAACUAGUUUGCCUAUUUCUAGAUAAAAAUACGCUGUUAAAGUCUCCAAGACUAAGAUUUCUGCUUGAAAUUCUUGUUUCAAUUGAUCGAUCCAUGCGCGCCAAUUAAAAUAAACUAGAAACACUUGUACACUCGCUAGAUUCAAGGCUAUAUAUACUUACUAUAAACAGUCAAUUACUUAUAUUUGAGCAUGUUGUGCUCUAAGCAGUUCAGUUUAAGCGUCAAACUUCGGCCUUAUUUUCAUUGAAGCCGGGCAAGUUCAGUCGUUUAAUUAAAGGGACAGGGCCAUUCCUAGCGUGAUAAUUGGGGGUGUAUGUUCAUAUAUUCGUCUUCUGCCCGACGGAUUUCUUUUGAAAGCGAUUGUUUUUACGGUAGCGAGCAUGAAUAUAUGAAUACACCCCCCCCCAUUAUCGCGUCUAGAGACGGCCCUGUUGAGGAGGGAUAUGAUCGGAAAUAGCAUGAAUAUAGAAAUUAGAUUCCCUUAUCUGAAAGAACUUUUAAAAUGACGUGGAAAAUAUUUAAAAGCUUUUUUUUAAAUCUCGCUUAUUUCUCGACCUUAAGAAAAGCUUCUGUUGUGAUGGAGUUAAACUGUGGAACUCAUUACCUAAAUGCAAUUGACGCUUAUAACGAGGGUCGAGGGUCGAAAAUAGUAAAUUUUUAUCCAUUUCAAAAGUUUUACAACCAUUUUGAAAGCUCCCAAAAGCGGCAAAACAAUUAGUUUUGCUCUCAAAACUAAAAAAUUUCGGCUACGGCUAUAAUCUAUAUGUAUACUGAAAGUUUCGCUGAAGAACUAUAAGUCUGAUGCGAGGUAUGAUGUUUGAAAGUAUACGUAUUUUAAUAUACAUCGGAAUUUAAAAUAUACAAACAUGGGCGAUGAUCAGAGGCGAUGAUACAAAAUUUGCAUUUCGCCAGUGCCGUAGCUAGCUCGAUAAUUGGGGGUGGCAGAUAUUCAUAUAUUCGUGUUCACAGACCAUAAAAACAAUCGAUUUCAAAAGAAAUUAAUAACGCAGAACACGAAUAUAUGAAUAUCUGCUCCCCCCCCCCCCAAUUAUCGAGCUAGCUACGGCACUGCGUUUCGCUCUCAUGAGAAAUUUGAUUAUAAGAGGCAGUUUAUAUGGUCCCGCUUACCCGGGAUUCAAUGAAGUGUAACGUAUUUUGAUCGAGCAAUUGAAAUACGUGUUUCAGCCCUAAACAAAAGUUAGAUAACUUUAAAUAUUUUUUAAACGAAAUUAGGAAUGCGCCUGAAGUUAUGUAGUGAAAGAAGACGAUUAAUAGCAUUCAACAACAUUUGGUUUUUUGUUUAAGACAUGGAAUUUCAUACAAUUUGUAACGAGCAAUUUUGUUAUAUCAUGAAGUGCGACUAAUUUACAUUGCUCAAAAUACGCACGUCACACUUCAUUAAAUUCCAGGACCCGGGGAAGCGGGACCAUGGCCCCAACUUAAUGGCAUGGCGGCGACAUACAGAGUUCUGAAAUUGCUCAGAACUUCAACUUAACGAUACUCCCUAUAGGGUAUGACAUCGUGUUUACAAGUCUGAUAUGUUGGAUAAGUUGCAGAAAAGUAUGGGUAAUAUCUUCAUUUUUUGCAGUUUGUUAUGGAUGAUGUAGCUACUUAAAAUUAAUCAAUUGUCAGUAUUUUAAGGGUAUAUUAUUUAAAUGAUAAAUAAAGGUCCGCAUGAUUUUGAAAAAGAAUGAUUAUUAGCAAAUUGGUUUCUUAAAGGAGCAAGUCGCUUACAUGCAGUUAUUGUGCAUAUAACAAAGUAAAUUCAGCAUAUGUUCUAUACAUCAGGUUUGAUAUUACUUUAUAAUUUCUGUGUAUUCGGAAGUUUGUUUAUACAAACUGUCAAACACGUCACUAAUUACAUUGACAUUGUCAUUGUAGUCGCAUCGCGAGUUUAAUAAAAUGUAGCCCUAAUCUCAAUGAUUUAUGCGACUACUUCAGAGAAAACUAAGCACAUAUAUUUCAGUUUGAAAAAAGUAGAUAAUACGGAUUGAUUUUACGAGCUAUUGAGACUUUGAGUAGUGGAUUUAAGCAUGCUAUCAAUAACGGAUAUUUUGUCUAUUAAAAUUAUUAUGUGUCAAGUCACGCGCACGGAGCUUUUGCAACAUGAUGUUCAUAUUGACUAUUUAUUUCUCUAAAAUCCCGAUAAACAAGCAAAAUAAUUUAAAUAAUUUAUAAUUUAUCUGUCAAAACCAAAUAACAAGAGAAAACAAGUAUAAAUGCUCACGUUUCGACAGUCUAUCUGAGCAGGCUGUGUCUAGACGUACUGCCUGCAUGUCUAUAAGUGUCUGUCUACAUAUUCGGCUGUAUAUUAUAGACAUUAUAAUUUCGUGAUAACAAAACACCCCAUAAUAUUUUUUACACCAGAUUUGAGAGCAACAUUUGCUCAUACAUUUGUCUAAAUAUGAAGGAAAUCGGAGUUUUACGGGAAAGGGAAAAUCGAUUUUCAAAAAAUGUACCAAACUUAAAAUUUUUUAACUUAAGGUUUUCUUGUGAUUUUCCCGAUAUUAUAGUCAGUAUAAUUCCGCGGUAACAAAAAGCCCCAAAAUAAUUUUUACAUCAGCUUUUAGAGCAACAGUUUCUCUUUAAAUUCCCUAAAUUUCAAGGAAAUUGGAGUUUUCCCGGAUAUGGAAAAUUAAUUUUCAAAAAGUGUAACAAUUUAGAAUUUUUUGGAUCGCAAAAUAAGGCGAUUUUUACACGCUUGCCUUGACUUUGAAACAUCAUUUAAAAGAUUGCAAAAUAGACUAUCGUUGUUUAUAAACAUCUUAUAUACACAUUUCAAAACCGAAAGUGAGGUUUCCUGAAGACGCGAACUGAGCGAAGUUUUCGAGAGGCUAUGACUCACUAUGUUUUUAGCUAAUUUCACGAAUCUUGGGUACAUGUCAGGUUUUCAUAAUUUUUGGGCGUUUAAAAUAAUAUUUCAGAAAACAAACCCCAUCACGUUUCUAAGUAUACAUUAGUGUAUCACUGGACAAAAAUAGAAAACAUUUCAUUUUUCAUCAUGUGCCACCAGUUGCUCGGUGAUAGUGGAGAUUCCCUCUUAAACCCAAGAAGAAGCCUUCGCGGACGAAAUCAGCGUACUGCAAAGGAGGAGUGGCAACAAACCAGAGAGUCAUCAGUCCUUGAGAGAAAGAAGAAUGGUGUUACGGAAGUCCAGCCUGUUUCAUUUGGAUCCUUUCCUAGACAAAGACGGUGUUCUCAGAGUUGGAGGACAUAUACAUCGAUCAGAUUUGGGGUUUGGGACGUAAAGAUUAAAUCUAGGCAAGACUAUUUCCUAAAAGAAUUAAAAACUAAAAAUAAUGUUCGUAAAAUUUCCAAACGUUCCUUGCAAGCAAGCUAUUUGCAUGACAAGGCACUGAAAACUCUAGUUUCAAAACUUUACAAUUGGUCCAAUAAACCAGUGAAUGCAAGCGAGGAGCAAUUAGUUUCAGAGUAUUGCACUGUCUUUUUCUAUUUAAGUGUACUCCUACGUUUAUUUUGUAUCAUCAACACUCUGCACGUUGGAGUGGACUAUUUAAUUAUUUUUUAUCAUGCCGAAUAUUGGGAGGGGGGGGUUGAAAUUUUUUUUGGAGGGGUGGACAUUUUGUUUGGGGGGUUAUAGCUACUUUUGGGGGGUAGCACCCCCUGCACCCCCCACAAAAUCCGUCUAUGACAAGGACAACAAUACCACUGUUCAAAUCAGCGCAAAACUUGAAUUUGAUGGAACAUUGAUUUCAAAAUUGAUUUCUAUUGUGAUUUAUGGCCUUUGAAAGACAAGCCACUCAAAAUAAUCAUUCACGUUUUCCAAAUUCUAUUUUUCGAAAAUGUUUUCUUUCGAAUUAAUCUCGGACUCUCACAAUUGACUUUUUGCUGUGCCUUAUCUCUGGUUUUACUUUGCGCCCAAUAAAGACAAAAAUACCACCGUUCGGUUCAGCGUAGGAAAUUGUACAUACAGAUGUCAAAUAUAUUACUAAACAACAGAAUUCUCUUCAUUUUGAUAAUAUUUCAUGUGCUAAAACCUGGACGAUGGACGUCUAUCGUCCAGUCCAGUCCACAGUCCAGUCCACCGUCCAGUCCAUAAUUCCAAUCCAUAGUCCAGUCCAGAGUCCAGUCCAGGUUUUAGCACAUGCCAAAUAAAAUUGGAUUCCAAACAUUAGCAACGGUUUUUAUGUCAUGUCCGCGUCGUUGAUUUGGUGUCUUAAGCUCGCUAUAGCGAUUAUAGAGAAUUCAGAAGACACAUUCGAAGAGUCAGUAUUAAACGUAUCAUUUGAUGAGCUUUCCAUUGAAGGUUAGUGUCAAAGAAGUUAUAUCUCUUCAAUUAAAAACUUCGUAUAGGUAUUAUAUUAUGAUAUAUAGUACUGUUACAAAGUAAAAGGCGCGUCCUGCUAAGUUUAUUGUCCUGCUGGUCUUAAUAUUACUCGUAGUUUUCCUGUUUUUGUACUGACACUGGAAGCUACUAAAGCCAUAAAGAAAAAACAGCCUAUUUUUAAUAAACCUUGCAUAUACUAUCAUAAGAUUGAAUAUCUAUUGAUUAUUUUCUAGUGUUGUUAAAGUUAACCCUGGUCAUAAAGUCCAUUUUUUAAAAAUAUUUCGAUUUUCCCAUAUUCUGUAAAACAAGCAUGACAACACGUUUUCCCAUUCCUCCAUUCUAACAAUAACGCUUUUCCAAAACAAGAGUGUUUUAGGUCAAGUUUUUCCACUAAAUUUGCGUCGUCCAUAGAUAUAAACACUUUUGACAGUUUUGAGAAUAACAAAUUAAAAAUUACAUAAUAAUAAUAUUAAUAAUAAUGGUUUAAUUGAAGCAUAUCUACAAAGUAGCUCUACAUCUUCAAUACUAUAGCAAAAAAAUUAUUUCUAUGGUAUUAGAUAGAUAAAAUAUAUGAAGGCUAAAAAAUGUUAUAUAUACAGUAUUAUAAUCAUUACAUGGAACAAUAACAAUUAACAAAUUUCUCAAACUCCUCCCCCCUCCAGUAUUUUGAACUAUUGGGCGUGACUUCUGCCAGAGGUUUCCCGCUUUCUUCGAUAACACCAAAACCUCUGCGGAGGAGAUAGGGGCUAUACACAAACGCACAGCUUAUUUAUGCCGUAGAUCUUCUCAGCAUAAUUUUCUCCACUUGUCAUAUUUUUCAGCUGGUGCGGCUGAAAAAUAUGACAAGUGGAGAAAAUUAUGCUGAGAAGAUUUACGGCGUAAAACAUCGAUACAAAGUCACUCGAGAAAGGUUAACUAUUUUCAAAGUCAAAGCCUUGCUGCUAUUGUCAAAUCAAUACUGAGUACAAUACAGUAUAAAUAUUAAUGUGCAGCACAUGUACAGGGUAUACAGGCUAGGAAAUUCCCUGCUGGUUUCUAUGUCGGUCAUACCCUGACAAAGAAUAGGAGAAGUUCCUUACAUACAGUGGUGUCAUGUAACGAAGUAAAUGUGCUUCGUUACUGUACUUGAGUACUAUUUUUGAGAAGUGAGCAUGUAACAAAGUAAACUUUUUCUGCAGUACUUUUACUUGGAACGAAGUUAUUUUAAGAAGUAACGUUUUACUUCGUUAUUUUCAUUUUGUGGCGACGUAUUUCGUUACUUUCUAACUUUUGUUUAGUUUUACGUGAUUUAUUUCAGAUUUAUUUUAAUUUCGGGAUGGGUAAUACGACCUCUACAUGCGUCUGGGAUCUCUCGUUUGUGACUUACUUAUAAGCAUUAUUUAUUUAAUGGAUUUCUUAUAUCUUCAACGGGUCUGGAAAGUAGACCAUGUGGUGAAAUAUUGUAUAUUCGGUGCACACAUAUAAUGUGUGUGCUGUUUUGUGUCUUUUGUAUGUCAAUCCAUUGGAGAAGUCCCCCUCUACAGGCUACAGACAAUAGUACUUUUACUUUUAACUUUGUACUUCAAGUAUUUCUUAAGGAUACUUUGAGGUACUUUUUACUUAAGUAUGUUUUGCUUCCAGUACUUUUUACUCUUACUCAAGUCAUUUUAUUGUUAAUUACUUCUACUUUUACUCGAGUACAAAUUUCAAUUCAAGCAAUUUUUAAUCAGGAAGCCUACGUCACAGUAAUUUAGGCACCACUGCAAGUUAUAUAGAAUUCUAGAUUUUAGUGUAAUUAUUAAAAUGGUACUAUUAAAUAAUUACUUAUAAGCAAGUUUGAUACCUGUAAAUAAGAUAUAUUUAUAAAUGUAAUUAUCUACAUUGCUUAGAUUCCUUCACAUUUUACAAUGUUGUAUAACUACACAUGAAAACAAUAGAUUGCAUGCAUGCUGUUCGAAAACAGGGAUAUUUUAGGUUUUGGGACUUGGGUGGGAGCUCCCCCAAAAAAAUUUCAGGUUUUUUUUUAUUUUAUAGAGGGAAUUCCCCUUCCAAUAGUCACAAACCUAGACAUCAUUUCCAACACUCACCUAUUUCCAAAUGAGAGGAUAGAAAUGAUGUCUGGGUUCACCAAUUGCACCUCUAUGUAAUUAUAUGCUUUAUCACAUACCAGUUUAAUAUUAAUAAUUUUGGGAGGAAAUGCUCCUCCGCCCCAGAAUUUAGCUAUUUUCAUAUUUGCAGGGGAAUUCCCCCUCCCCCCAGCAAAAUACCCCUGGAAAAUGUAGUAUUAACCCGUUAAGAUGCAAUGGAUUAUGGAUCAUUCCAGAAACAUCCCCAAGCAGAAAUUGGAAAGUUGAACCCCUCUCCUUAUUACAUUUUAGUACAUUUAGGAAAUUUUAGUGUAUAUUAUUAUUAACUAACUUCUUGGAUGGCCACAAUCUCUUCCAUAGGGGAGGUAUCUUUUGAACAACUCAAUAUAUGCACUCUGGUGCACCCUACUUUGUCAUUUUACUCUGUCUAAAACCAGUUUAUUUUUCUUGUCCAGGGAAGGCCCUUUAAUGCCCUAAUGGAUUAAACUAUAUACAAGUUGUUACCCUAUUGAAUGAUAAUAUUCAGGAAACCAACAUCACAAGAUGAAGAAGUGGUUUUCAGAUGGUUCCUGUAAAACAUUAAAAUACAAAGUAUCCAAUAGUUACCACUGGAAGAAAAUAACUCUGCAAUUGCUCCUGUAGGUUCAGGAACAUACGGGGAUUGUAUUUGAAAAAAGUUUACAAGAUUUGGAAGAACAAUUCUUGAGAAAAAAGUACCAACUUCAGAUUUAACAGCCGUCAUGAAUGAAGCACAAUGCAUGAACCCACUAACUCAUCCGGCAAUCCCUCAUCUAUUAGGAGUCCAAAUUGAUGAAAAACCUUACUCUUUGGUGAUGCACUUUCUUGGUGAGGGUAUGGAGUCAGUAACAGUUCAUAAACUCUUGCACCAAACUAUAGUGUUGGAAAGGCAUUGCCACAUGUAUAUCUGAAAUCCUUGGGAAAGCAGUGUAAGGAUACCAAGCCAGCAUCAAGACCAUCAAUCCCAGAAGUGGUAAGAAUCUUGAAGGGGGACUUGCAGUGAGGACUUUAAUCUUUCCUAUAUUACAUUAAUAAAAAAUAACAUUAUAAAAAUUAUUAUAAAACCUAAAUUUUGAGUAUUGUUAAUAGUGGAAACUUAUGUUGUCAAGACCUAGUGUUAUUCGGCAGCUGGUGGAAACUGUUCCGCAGUGUGAAAAAUACAAUUAAAAUAUAUAAUCAAACUAGAUUUUAUACUGUGAAUUGUGGAGACUUCUGUUGGCAAGACUUAAACAUUUAGGGAGGAGAUAGCAUGUUAUUAAGUGUUUAUAUAUGCUGUAACCAGCAGACUUUUGUUAUUGACAGACUAGUAAACUGUAUAUUCUUAUAGAACAGAUAAGUCAGGAAAUCAAGCAACGAAAACAUAUGAUCGUAUUAGGCCUAUAUGCUUUGAAAUAUUUCCUUUUAUUCUCUCGGGGUUCGGGCGCAGUUUCAUUUCACGCGUACGUUUCUGUUCUGCCUCGGGUUCAGAUAUUUACUGCAAAAUAUUCUUAUAAUAUGCCAUUGAAUUGUUGUUAUAUGGAACAGUAUAAAUUUGUUAAAUAGCACCUUAGUGGUCUUACAGCAAACAUUACACAUUUGGACACUAGCCAAAUAGACAUCGAAUGUCUAUUCAAUAGAUUCUAAAAGCGUUUAUAAACAUAGUGCUCUAGAUUUUCUUUAAAAAAUAGGUUAUCAUCGUUUAUAUAAAACACCAGGUAGGAAGUAGUGUUAACGUACAAAAUUGUUUGGGGUCAACACUACGAGUCCUACAACAGUACAGAAUUAUAUAUAAAGACAAUUCAGAACUGGAUGCUUUUCCUUUUUUGUCUGCACGAAUAACUGUCGGUUGAAGCAAAAAUAUUGCACAGCAUCUCCUAUAUAAUUCUAUAGCCAUUUACCCUCGCCCCUUGAAUGCAAAGGAUUGAUAGCUGAUAAGGUUUAGCAAAGUAUUUUUUAUUAUAUCUGGUAUAAAGUGUCCCUACGUUUAAUCAAUUUAUUAAUACAUAUCAAUAAAUUUAUAAACAGUAUGUGCGCACGAAAUCUCGCUCAUAGAAUUCUUUAAUGAAUAUAUUGUAGCUAAAAAUAUUUAGAGUUUCCAUUGAUAGAUAGGUUAUUUGUCUCAAGUAUCGUUUGGUGAAACUUCUAGAAGGUCGAUCACAGCAUACGAUAAAGUUUACUGCAUGAAUAAAGUUGAUAUAAAUAUUGUCUUGAUGACCCACAGCGGUCAUUGAUACAAGUCGAAAGAAGCUGGAUUUUAAGCGGGAUUAUUCUUCAAAUAAAGUCCAAUGGGGGCAAUGGCAAUGGCAAUGCCAAUGAAAGGUCUUUAAAUGAUUUUGAAUGUACUUGCUGUAAAUUACUCUAAUACAUGAAAUAUAAAAUAAUUUACUAUAAAGUAUAAUACCAGUGUCUGAUUGCAUGUUUCGUCCUAAAUAUCCAAGUUGUACCGCACACACGGAAGAGUAUAUUUGGCGCUGGUGUGAUAACAGAUAGCUUUAGUAUUAUACUUCGACAUAAUCAUUCUUCAUCGUUGAGUUUGAGCAAUGUAAAUGCAGGGAAUUUUACAGUCCAUAACAGGUUUUAAUCCAGUGCUUUCACAGUCAGGAUAGCAUUGUUUACACACAGUUAGAAUAGCAUUGUUUACACACAGUUGGCGAUGUUUGGGAAAUCAAAGGAUCCCGUUAUAAAAUAAAUGUUUUGUUUUGAAUAUCGGACAGGAUACACUUAUCGGACAAGAAGAUAUCUACGGCGAUUCGUGCUCAACUUCGAAAACCCGGUCUCGUUUAAAAUGUACGGCAACACUUAUUAUUGAUGACACCACAGUGUCAUCAAUAAUAAGUGUUGCCGUACAUCCUCUUACCCUUUAUUAUCCUUAGUAACAUAACACCUUGUAAAUAGAUUAUAAUUAGCUUAUAUACAUUCACAUCUCGUGUAAUUUUAUCUAGUCUGAAGAUGUCUUAAGUUAAAGACGAAACGUUACAAUUAAAAUUCUUUACAAUCUUUUAAAACUGUUUUAAUGGCUUUGUUAAAAGUUAUAUGUUGGGCUCUCAUAUUUAUUAUACGAAGUGUUGCCAUACAAUUUAAACGAGAAGUUGGAUCAUAUUUCACUUGCAAGGAAAGCGAUUUAUUACAAGGGUAUCUACAUAAAAAAAUGAACCUCUCUUGAGUAUUUCGUUUGCACCCUUUGAACUUAAAAACUACAAGAAUCGUUUUGUUUUGCUUGGUCUACAAAUAUUCAUUCAUUAAACUUAUAUUCGGCGUUUUCUUUAUUUGGGGUUCACAAUAUUUUAUUCUUCCUAAACAUAGUUUUUACACAAACGUAGGGCAACACAUUCUAAACCACACAAUAGACUAAUCUCUUGACUAGAUAUAUUCCUUUUACCGUGCAUAUCACUGGCUGUUGUUAUGACUUAACAUCUAAGAGGGCUAUAUAAAGCAUGUUAAUCUACUCGGCUGACAAAAUGCUGAGCACGGCAAACCUACUUGCCCAAACUUGACUGGUUACCAACCAAUAUUACCCCCACAUAUCCUUUGAGAUCCUAUAUUAGUUAUCCAAAUCUGUGUUACCUUAAUCCUUUUAAUUAGCAUCCUUUGUGUUUUACAUGUGGGAAAAUUGUGUAUGAUGCUAAGAGCAUAGCAAUGGUGUAACCAACGAGUAUGACUCGGAAUACCUGGUACAAUUACAGUGUUAUAAUCUCACCCCUGUAUCAUUAGCUCACCCUCAUUUAUUCAAAUUAACUCACUCUCAUUUAUUCAAAUUAAUUCACUCUCAUUCUAUGCUAAUGAUGAUGUGGCCGCCUUGCAUAGUAAUUACCCACAUAUAUAAUGAUGCAGCCCUUUGCAUAGUAAUUACCUGCAAAUAUAAUAGUGCGGCCCCCACAAAAGGGGGUCGAACGGUACCUAUAUUACUACUGACAUGAUACCAACAGUGACCGAUCCAAUAUAAGGAGGCGAAGCCGAGUUUGAGGCUGAGUUGUCUAAUUGUUAAAUAACAUUUUGUAAUUCAUUGAAUAAAAAAAUGCAUUUUACAAAGUAUGAUUGAAAUAUUACACUUCACUUUGCUCGAUAAUUUUUGCUAAAUAUUAUUACUUUUUAUUUUUUUCCGGUCCGUAAUCCCAUAACGUAAAUGGAGCAUUCUGAUUGGUUGACUAGAGGUCCGUAUCACGCGAUACGUUUCUCUACCUCUCACGUUUCGUGCCAAAACAAACCGAGGAACGAAAACAAUUUUCAAACUGAAAAAGUUAUCCAAAAAGUUGAAAAAUCCUCCCUAUCGAUACUAAAAAUAGAAAAGUAAGCUGAAAUUAUUCAAUAGAUUUAGUGCCAAGCCCGAAAUGUUCUUUUUUCCCCGACCUAUAAGUGUGAAAAAAGUAAAACAAGUAUUUCUUUGACAUAUAUGUAUGUAUCGAAAUAUCAGUGCUAAGUGUUUAAUUUCAAAUGCUCAGCAUAUAUAUUCAGCUAUGCUUCGAAAAAUAUGAAUACUGGAAUCAAGGACUUGUCCUCAAACAUAAAAUUUUAAAAAAUACUUUAAAACGGCAAUUUAAACAUGAUUUCUAGACUUAUUCAUAUAUUUUUUAUAAAUGUUGUCAUGAACACAAUGACAAUGUUUUCGGCAAGUACAAUUUGAUGCUGCAUGUCGAAAGAACAUUUUUGAAGCAUGUUAUUAGGCUAAAAUGAUUAGGAAAAUAUAUAGUUUUAAUCGCUUUACCUUUUUAUUCUCUUGUUGAGUAGAAAAGCAUAAAAAAUAUAAAGGCUUUUUAUCGUGUCGUUUUAGCAAGGCCGGCGAGAGGUAACCACGGACCCCGGGAUGAAUUGGUGAACACGCCCCUCCCACUGUCCCUCUUGACUCUCACGCUGAUGGCCACAACAAGGGAGAAUUUCGUUCUCGACCAAUCAGCGCUUUUGUUUACAUUUUUGCCCUAAGCCAAUCAGAAUGCGUAAAACCACUGAGUUAUACGAUAUUACUGGAGGACCUGCUCGGGAUAAAAAAGUGUCCACAAAAACAUGGCGGAUCUUAUGCCAUUUCCAUGACAACACUUACUUUAUUUUCAUGGUAAUUGCCACUGACCAACCGCGAUCCUAAGUUUCCGACGAUGUCGUUAACCCCCCUGGUUUUUGCACAAAAUUCACUGCUCAAAUAAAUUUUUCCCGCUGUUUGGAUUUUGCUUGUUUAUAUCAAAUGCUUAACUUUGAACAGCUCACAAAAAUGCCUCGUUUUUGCUCUAUUUAUGGUUGCCAUAAUACCUUUUUAAAGAAAAAUAUUUCUUCUCACAGGUAAGAGUUCUUGAAACGUUUUCUGUGUGCUUUAUUUUUUUAUAAAACAAAGUAUUUUUAAAAAUAGUUUAGGAAAAAGACAUGACGUAUGGGACAAGGUAUGAGAUAGGUAUUUUAAUGUCGCUGAAUUUCACUAUUUCAUACUUAAAACAGAUGUAAACAGCUGAUAAUUAUUAUAAUUUUACCACGGUCGUUAAUAGGCAAGUGUGUUUAUUUUUCAAAUCAACGUUUUUUUGAGCAUUUGUAUUUACUUUGUACAUUUUUAUCCUGCUAGAAAAUUUUGUAAAAACAAAAAUGGCAUAAUAUAAUGAUAUAGUUAUGAUGCUCCAGCAAUUUGAUUAUUAAAUGUCAUUAUUUUCACAUGAAUUCUCUUUCAAUGACACAUUUUUGAGCAAUUGUUUGAGCUUGUAUGAGCAAUUUAAUAUUGAAUGCAUUUUAAUAAUUUUACAGCUUCCCAGAUCCAAAAACAAGUGUCCUGAGAUGUACACCAAAUGGCUUGAAAAUGUCAAUAAAAAUGUACUGGUGAAAUUUAUUCCGACAAGAGUAAGUCGUAUUUGUUCAGAGCAUUUUAGCUCUGACAUGAAGGAAGAGAGUGGCCAAAGAGUAAUACUGAAGCCAUUUGCUGUCCCAACAAUAUUUCCCACUUCUCAGGUUUGUACCUUUGUCGGUUUUCUCUAUUACUUAUUGCUUAUUUAAUCUUUUUAAAGUUUAACAUUUUUUUGGUUGCACUUAAAUUGGGUUAUAGUUCCUAUUUAAUAUCUGCACACCCUUGUCAAAUUAGACACAAAAUACACCCCUGAGGAAAUGCAACAAAAAGGCUGCAUAAAAUACUUUACCUCUGAUAAAUUCCAGUUCAAUUUUCCAUUUGACUUGAAAAAUUCCAGGCAAUAUUUGGCAUUUACUGCACCCCUGAAGAAUUCCAGCUAUCUGACUGAUAGGGGGUUUGUGUUUGUUAAAAGGAAUAGCUAUUAUUGUCUGUUGUCUAUAGUGUCAGUAUUAAUUAAACAUAAAAUAGAGUUUAAAGUGCAUUCUAGGGACAGUACAGUCAACCAGACUAACCAAGUGACCUAAGUGUCUAAACUGUCAGACUGAGUUUUAAUAACCCAUUGAGCACCAGAGCUAUGAAUUUAAUACUCUUGGUGAGUAUAAUCCUCUGGUGUUAGAUAGAGUAAAAUAAUAAUUAAGUACAAUGUGGUGCAAUAUAUGGUGCAAUAUGGACAUCAGGUGGCUGGGGGACCCCACCCAGACCAAUAAUUUGUGACAGCAUUUGAAUGAUAUAUAUAGCUGAAUUUAUUGUGAAUGAUAACUGAACUUAAUUUGUAACUAUAAGCUGCAACAAAAAUUAUUCAACAUGAAAGCGAAUAGCCGGCUAUAAAUUUUACAAGCUAGCUAAAAAUAUAUUGAAAUUAACUUGUCACAAAAGGUGUCAAAAGUUAUUGAAUGGCAACUUGAAAAUUGUUUUAAUAAAAUGAUAUGAGAUGGUAGAUCACUAAGCAAUCUAUGUGGCAUUUAUAGGUAUUUCGAAUGGAAUCCUUUAACAGGGUUCCCGAAUUAUCAUUGAAAUGAAUCAAUGACAUGUUAAUAGUUAGUCCGUUUAUUGUUAGUCUAGCUGUUAGUCGUCAAUGUACUUGUAAUGAGUGAGUGAUUUCUGCUCAGCAGUUCAUUUUCGCCUUGUUAAAAUCAUAAAAUAAUAAUGAUAAAUUAAUUAAUAACUAAUUAAUUCUUAAUUUGUAACUAAGCUGCAACAAAAAUUAUUCAACAUGAAAGCUAGCAAAUCGCCGGCUAUAAAUUUUACAAGCUAGCUAAAAAUAUAUUGAAAUUAACUUGCCACAAAAGGUGUCAAAAGUUAUUGAAUGGUAACUUAAAAAUUCUGUAAAGUCAGCCAUUACCUACAAUCCUGUUGUUUUAUCCUGAUACCAUUUUUCUGUCCAUUAUAGUCAGCCAAAACGUUUUGGUCAUUUUUGUUUGGUAAUAAAAGUAAUUUUCAUAUUUUCUAUAACUGCUUUAUGACAAUUAAGUAAGAGCAGCAUAUUGUGCUUCAUGCAUGGCCGUCACCAGGGAGGGGGGAAGGAGAAAGCAAUAUCACCCUCCCCCACCCCAAUAAUGUCUAUUAAAAAUUCUUGACUGGUAAAGCUGUUACAACAAUUUUACAUAGACAACGUUGACUAACAUUAUAGGCACAAUGACAGAUACCAUACACAUGCACCUUGGUUAACCCAUUAAUGUGCAAGACUCUUCCCUUAAGUAAUACCAUCUGGCAUUAUAGACAUGUGUAAAAUAAUAAAGUUGGGUGCAUCACAGCUAAGAGUUUUCCAUUAUUCAUACAUAAAGUAAAUAUGUGUUGAUUAUAUUCUCUUACUCAAUCCCACAGGUAACAAAGAAUGGAGUGGCCAGUACUAAGAAAGUCUCGCAUCAGGAUGUUGUAGAAGUAGAAAAAUUUAAUGGUAUGUCAGACAAAAAAAAUAGUUUAGUGGAAACAGUAGUAAUAAAUGAAGAUAAUGUAAGUGAUGAAGCAUUAAGUUUACAGGUGGUUAAUAAAGAGAUCAUUGCCUCAGAUAGUGUGAUUAUGCAGGAGGUGAUUGAAAAAGUAAGUAUCGACAACAACGUAUUAAGUGUACCAGGAGGCAAGAGAAAAUAUUCGAAUGAAUCGGAAAUUGAGGUAAGUGCGUCUCAAAAAAGGGCGCGAACGACCAGAGGCGCCGGAAUAUCGAUAAUAGCGGGGGCAGAUAUUCAUAUAUUCGUGUUCACAGACUGUAAAAACAAUCGAUUUCAAAAGAAAUUAAUUGGGCAGAACACGAAUAUAUGAAUAUCUGCCCCCCCCCCCCAAUUAUAGAUAUUCCGGUGCCUCUGCGAACGACCAGUUCUUCUGAAAUGAAUGUACAUGAUCACCCAUAUUGUAUAAAGUCUCCUAGUAGAGUGAGAAGGCAAGUUGAUGAUCUUAUAGAUAAAGUUGAAAAUCUACAGAAGAGAUUAAAUACAUCUCAGAAGAAAACCAAGAGAAGAGAUAAAAAGGUUAGCAUGUUGAUUUCAGUGGUAAGUGAAUUGAGAGAAAAAAAUCUGAUCAAUAGUGAUUGUGCGACUAUUCUAGAAUCAAUUUUUCUGGAGUUCCAAAGGAACUUAUGAAGAGGUUGGUGACACAAAAAAAGAAGAAAAAUCUUGGGGCGUAUCCACCUGAGCUAAGGUCAUUUGCCCUGACCUUGAAAUUUUAUUCAACUAAAGCGUAUAACUAUGUGCGAAAAAGUUUUGAUUUAGGGCUGCCACAUGUAAACGUGAUUCGGUCAUGGUAUGUAGUUCUAUGAAUGGCGAGCCAGGUUUUACAAAGGAUGCACUUACAGCAUUGAAAGCCAAAGUUUUAGCUGCAAAAAGGGAUAACUAAGAAGUUGUUUGUGCACUAAUGCUCGAUGAAAUGGCCAUACGCAAGCAUGUCGAAUGGGAUGGCAAGUAGUUUCGCGGUUAUGUUGAUCUUGGCACAGGCACCAAUGAUGACUCGCUGCCCGAAGCAACAGAUGCUCUUGUUUUUAUGGCAGUCUCGGUUAACUCCGGUUGGAAAGUACCAUGCAGAUAUUUUCUAGUAAAGGAUCUUACUGGAGAGGAGAAAGCCAACUUGACCAAAGAAUGCAUAACCAAGUUGCACGAAGUAGGGGUGAAGGUGGUAUCUUUUAUGUGCGAUGGCCCCACGUCUCACCAGGCGAUGUUGAAAUUGUUCGGCGCUCAACUGUCACCUGGCAACUUACAAGUGUCCUUCCAACAUCCAUGUGACCCGACAGCCAAGAUCUAUAUUUUCCUAGAUGCUUGUCACAUGAUAAAGUUGGUAAGAAACAACAUGUUGGACUGGAAGGUCCUAAAGGAUAAGGACGGCAACGCCAUCAAGUGGCAAUUUGUGGAGGAGUUGCAUAAAUUACAAGAGUCAGAGGGCUUACAUCUUGCCAAUAAGCUCCGAUCCGCUCACAUCAAAUGGAAGCCACAGAAAAUGAAGGUAAAUCUAGCAGCACAGGCACUCAGUUCGAGUGUUGCAGAUGCCUUGGAGUAUUGUGAAGGUAAGCUGAAAUUGCCACAAUUUCAAGGCUGUGGUCCAACAGUACAAUGUUUUCGUGUUUGUUUUUGAUCAUCUUUUUGAUGUUCUGAAUUCCAGGAAUCCAUUGGCGAGAAAUUUCAAGCUGCCAAUUAGAAGAUCAAACUAUCAGUACAUGAAGAGGUUUCUAGAUGAGGCAAGAGAGUACAUUAGAAAUCUGAAAGGUCCAGAUGGCCAGUCGAUCCUUACGUUAAAAAAGGAAAACAGGAUUUCUUGGUUUCCUUUUGUGCAUCAAUGCUGUUGUGGGAUUAGCAGAAGAUCUCGUUAAUGCGGCGAAUCCUGUCCUGAAGUAUCUUCUGACGUACAAGAUGAGCCAAGAUCACUUGGAGUUAUUCUUUUCAGCCGUGCGAGCUUGCGGAGGGUGGAACAAUAAUCCAACAACUCGCCAAUUCGUAGCAGCAUACAAGCAACUGCUGAUGAGGCACUAUUAUGAGAUAUUGAACAGUGUCCAGGAUCAACAAGAAAUCAACUCCGUAUCUACUGGAAUUUCUGAUGUGGCAAUUGCAAGAAGAUAUGACUUGGAGGUGAGACAGCCAGCUGCAGAUGAUCACAACUGCUGCGAUGUUUCGAACGCCAUGGAACUAUCUGAGUACAAAGAGGUGGCCAUAUCGUAUAUCGCUGGGUAUGUGGUGAAGAUGGUGGAGAAAAAGAUCCACUGUCCGCAAUGUCUAGCAGCGUUGACAACGAGCAAAGAAAACAUUCCAGAUAUAUUCGUAACAUGGAAAAUGAAUGGAGGCCUGAAUUAA